CGCGGGAGGCAGGGCGUCCUGGUCUCGGGGCCCUCGCCGGGCUGGGAGGGGCCGCCACGGCCCAAUGUUCGCCGGGGCCUGCGACCGAUCACCCUAACCGGCCUCGCCGCGGUCUGAGCGGUUGUGUGGCGCCCGGUGCGCCUUUUCCGCUCCGGCUCCUCGGGCGGGCCGGCUACGGCCACGGCCCGGGCACCCCUUGGCCGGGCACCCCAUGCUGGAGCUGGCGAAGAAACCAGCACCACCCAGGACCGGAUACGCGCGGAAUUCGCCGGCCCGGAAGCGCAAUCUCCCCCAACCCGGCCGGCCGGAAGCGCGGCUCGGGAGGCGGAAGCUGCCCGUUCCGCCGCGUUGCCCCCUCGGGGCUGAGGGAAGCGGGCGGCCUGACCCACGUAGACAGCCUCGGUCCCGGGAGCACCGAGACCAACCGGAGCACCGAGCACGGGAGGAAGAAGAAAAAAUGUCUCAAAAGCAGAUGAAGGAAGCUUUUGUUAGUAACCACAAUGGAACCAGCGUGCUGGAAAUUACCCAGGGCUUGUGCUUGCCUGUGCUCUGCAUCCUGUGCAGAGGGCUCCUGAUCAUUCUCUCACAGCACUUGUGGUCUUCACAUACCCGGAGAACUCGAUUCUUCAUUGACUUUGUUUUCCUAAUAGUUCCCAUGGUGACCACUUUGACCAUUUUGUCUUCCUUUGUAUACCUUGAGCACCUCACUGUAAUUAUCUUUGGGGCAGGGCUAUUCUAUCAAAUAUACUGCCGGAGAACUUGCUAUGCCAGAAUGCCUGUCCAGAAAAUACUUGAAAAAUUCUUAAAAAUUAGUCUAGAAUCAGAAUACAUUCCAGCCAUCUCCUGUUUCCGUGUAAUUAACAGUGCCUUUACUGCUGUUGCCAUUUUGGCUGUGGACUUCCCGCUUUUCCCCAGAAGAUUAGCCAAAACUGAGCUCUAUGGGACAGGAGCAAUGGAUUUUGGAGUAGGAGGCUUUGUUUUUGGAACUGCAAUGGUUUGUCCAGAGAUUAGGAGAAAAUGUAUAGAAGGGUCCAGAUUUGAUCAUUUUACAAAGUCAUUGUACUCUGUUUGGCCAUUAGUCUUCCUAGGAGUAGGAAGAUUAAUCGUUAUAAAAUCCAUAGGCUAUCAGGAACAUUUAACUGAGUAUGGAGUUCAUUGGAACUUUUUCUUUACCUUAAUAGUUGUGAAAUUGGUAACAUCACUGCUUUUGAUCUUUUUCCCCCCUAAUAAAUCCUGGAUUGUGGCCAUUGGCAUCACUGUAUUAUACCAGCUAGCCCUUGACUUGACCCCAUUGAAAAAGUUAAUUUUGUAUGGCACUGAUGGCAGUGGCACAAGGGUUGGUUUAUUAAAUGCCAACCGAGAAGGAAUAAUGUCUACCUUGGGGUAUGUGGCAAUACACAUGGCUGGUGUGCAAACAGGGUCAUAUGUGCUUAAAAAAAGAUCACAUAUCAAAGACUGGAUAAAAGUAGCGUAUUGUAUUCUACUGUUAGCUAUUAGUCUCUUUGUAUCUCUUUACAUAGUUCAGGUAAAUGUAGAAGCAGCAUCUAGAAGAAUGGCCAAUUUAGCCUUUUGUAUUUGGAUAGUUGCUUCUAGCUUGAUCCUUCUUAGUAGUUUAUUACUGGGUGAUAUAAUUUUGAGUUUUGCCAAAUUUCUAAUUCAAGGGGCUCUAGUACCCUGUUCUUGGAAACUUAUCCAGUCUCCUGCUACAAAUAAAAAGCAUUCAGAAUCUCUAGUCUCUGAAGCUGAAAGAAAGAAACCCAGUCUUUGUUUAAUCACAGCUAUAAACAGAAACCAGUUGAUUUUUUUCUUGCUGUCAAAUAUAACAACUGGCCUAAUCAACCUGUUGGUAGAUACAUUGCACAGCAGUACCCUGUGGGCCUUCUUUGUGCUCAAUCUUUAUAUGUUUACCAACUGUUUAAUUAUAUAUAUGCUACACUUGCAAGAUAAGACUAUAAAAUUUUGGUGAUCAAUAGGGGUUGGAUGUGUGUGUGUGAUGAGGAAUUAAUGAGAAUAGUAAAUGUAAAGAAAAUGGGCUUUUGGCAAUCUAGUGUUAACUAUAUUUUAUUAUAAAAUUAAGAAUUUCAGUCCUUUUCUGUAACAGUAGUGAGGCUUAAUAUUUUAAUGUAUCUCUACACUAUGUAAAACAAACCAAUGGAGAAGAAACAAAGCCUUAUGGCUUGUUAGAAUGUUAAAUUUCAGUAUUUUUUUUUUUUUUGUAUUGCUUAAAGUAUUACAAAGGGUAUUACGUAUGUGUCCUUUUUUUAAAUUUCAGUAUUUUAAAGAAACUAUUGUAUUUAUAGUUGUGACACUGGAAGAUUGGAGGGUGGGGAGGAAGUUUUUAAUUUAUCUUAUAUCACCUUAUACCAUCUGUAUUUUUU